AUGUUCUCUUCCUUGGCUCCGUGGUCUCUGGCUCGCUUCUCUACUGGGUGGCCCCCACCCUUCGCGACCAAGUUACCCGUGGUUUCACGUGUUGCUUCAUUUGUUUCCUCGUUCAUUGCCGACAAACAGCCUCCCACUGACAUCGAAUCGCAGUAUUUCACUAUCCGUCCAUCUCUUCACCCACCGUCAUUCAAUACUCCGUCGACGACACCACCACCACCACCACCCACCUUCCUUGUCUCGUCCUCAUAUACAUUUUACGACACUCCAUAA